AUUAAAUUAUUUUCGUUAGUUUGCGUGAGUAAACUCGAUAAAUAUUGCAAUAUUAAUUUACUUUCCCAAACAUUAUUUCCAAUCAAUUACAGUCCAUACGUGAAACGAAUAUGGAGUACCUGGAAAAUCCAAUUUGUUUCAUGCCCGAUUCGCGGAAACGUAUGAAAAAAAAAAAAGAACAUGAGGAGUUCUUUAAUGCGUUCAGAGGAUAUUCAUAACCGGAUAAUUACGCGGGAGCCCGUCAUCGCCUGGGCGAAAUCGCGUGCAUAAUCGAUCGUUAUCCAACCGUUUCAGUGUAUUAAAUAAAGUAAGUGUGUCACUACCGUUCCCACGGCAGCUAGCUAGCUAGCUAGCUUCAACGAGAUUUCAUUGAAAAAAAAAAGUGACAUUCGAUGUAAUAACAUGGUAAUGGGAGCCGAGACCGUCUGAAGGUCCGUAGACAAUCGACGGCAUCUCCACUAAUGACGGCUCGGUGUUCCGCAUUAGAUCACUCACGAGAGACUCUGAUUCAUAUAACGGGAUAACAACAUUUGCAUGCGUGACGUGCACUUGUUUUCGUUCCUCCAACUAGUCCAACGAUUCUACACGGUAUACGUAAUUCCAUUUCUGAUUCACACAAUUUUUAUUCACGUUGCCAGACAUUAGAUAGACGUUCAUAAUAUUCGGCAGAGUUUUUCAUACUCUCUGUGGAUUGAGUUUUCUUAAAAGCACAUAAAACCGUUUAGUAAUGACAGCAAUCGACAAGAUCCGAGUGUAUUUUAAUGCUCCCUGACCUGGUUCAAUGAUUUCACGACUGACAGUCUUAAUUCUAAAUCGGAAAUGCCACUCGAAAGAGCUUAUGCCUCUAAUUGGGCAGCCCUGAAAGCGUUGGUUUGUCUAAAAGCUUCUUUGGUUCCAGUCUUCCACGUUAGCAAAGACUACGGCCAACCGGGAAUAUUGUACGGUAGUGGUGGUGGACCAUAUGGAAGUUAUCCUGGCUCAGUUUAUGGGCCAGGCACCGUAUAUCGUGGCACUGGCUACCUAAACCCAGGCUACAGUGGCUACAGAGGCUUAGGAGUCACUGGACCUGGUGGUGUCCUUGGAGGUGGACACCUAGGGUACGGUUACUACGGGAACGCAGGGUACAAUCCAGGGUACGGAGGAUACAGUGGUUACAGUGGUUACAACGGUUACGGGACUGGUCUAGGAGGUUACGGUAGUUAUGGUACCGGAUAUGGUAUCGGAGGUUAUGGUUCCACCGUUGGUGGUUCAGGUAUCUACGACGAUGGAUACUACGGGCGUGGUGGUUAUGGUUACGGCCGUUAUGGUGGAUUAGAUGGAUACGGGUACGGCAGUGGUUAUGGAAAUUAUGGAUCUACGUAUAGCACGAGGAGCAAUUAUGACCCAUACGUCUAUCGCAAUACCAAUUACGGAACUUAUGCCGGGUAUCCGUCGGGAUACAGAGGUUAUUCUUAAAGUUCGCAAUUAAUAUGAUAAAACGAACGAUAUUUGCUGUCGUUUCAACGAUAUAACGCAACUAAUAAUGCAGCAGUAUUCACCGAUACUUAGUGAUUAAUUUGCAUUAAUGUCGACAGAAUAAGCUAAUAAAGAUUACUUUUCUAUACCGAGA